GAUGUACUCCAUAUGAUGGUGAUGGAGGCCUUCACAAUGGCUUCUUUGUCUGCUGGACUCCAUACUCCACAAGGAGAUGACACUGGCAACAGUCAUCCGCCCCUUCCAGUGUUGCGCACGUCGUGCAGCAUCCCACCUGUGUUGACAGCGAGCGGCUGCCCACCACCUCCUCCUCCUCCUCCUCUUCCUCUUCUCCUCGGCAGUAGCUCAUGUAUGCCUCAAUAAUUGCCGCAACACUUCUCCGCUCUUAAUUAGUUGUCCGCUUCUUCAUCGUUGUUGGACACCACUUGCUCGGCAUUCUCCUCCUCCCUCCUUUUGGUAGGAAUUGCUAGCCACCUCCGAUCACCUCUUUGAAUUCCUUCGAAUCCAGAAGAAUGAUGAGAAAAAAGCUUCCUUUUUUGACAUAAACCAAGCCUCGAGCUGAAGAUAGGAGAUGGAUGCGAGGAUGAGAAGAUAUGCGCCGCAAACCAGCCCGGAGAGGACCAAAGUGUGGACCGAGCCUCCUCCCAAGCACCCACUGCAGCAGCAGCAGCAGCAAGGGAGAAAAGUUCCGGUGGUGUAUUACCUCUGCAGGAAUCGACAUCUGGAACACCCGCACUUCAUCGAAGUCCCCCUCUCCUCUCCCGAAGGACUCUACCUCAGAGAUGUGAUUGAUAGGCUUAAUGUGCUGAGAGGCAGGAAAAUGGCCGCCAUGUACUCCUGGUCUUGCAAGAGGAGCUACAAGAAUGGAUUCGUGUGGCAUGACCUUUCCGAGGACGAUUUGAUCCUGCCGGCGCAGGGCAAUGAGUUUGUGCUCAAAGGUUCGGAGCUCUUGGAUCAAACCCCUCCAGAUCGGAACAAUAACGGCACAAGCAAUGUGAAGGUCCAGAAUCCGAAACACCCUCUGCAAGACUCACCACCAGUUUGUUUUAAAGGCCAAGAAGCUUCUUGUUCUUCCUCUUCGGCAACAGUGGUAAUUAAGGAGGCAAAACUUCCCCUGACGUCGACAAUGCAACCAAAUCCUCCUCCUGCAAUGCAAGAAGAUGAGCUGUCACCCUCGACUCGUAGAUCGGGCUCCUCGGGGAACUUUUCGCCGGAGCCUUGUGGUAGAACUGCCCCAUCAUCAGCACUGGGUUCCCCUGACCCAGCGGACUACAGGAUCUGCAAGCCCAUCGGAGCUCAGGAUGCCUCGACUCAAACUGAUGAUGGAGGAGGAAGGAGGACUUGUGGAACAAACACACGAGUUGUCGGUGUCUCCACCGAUGAUAGGCCUCCACAUCUUGAAUACAGCGAGAGCCAAAACGAGCAGACAAUGUGCGUAAAGGAGGAGACUGAGAUCGUUAAAGUAGAGCGAUCACCACCACCAACAUUUUCAAGUAUUCCUUUUUCUUGUGGGAAGAUGAAUACGUUGGAGUCCUUGAUCAGAGAUGAAGUAAACAAAAGGAACAACUUCAGGGUUGUGGAGGAGGAGGAUGUUUUCCUGCCAACCGGGCCAAAAUUUAAAGCCACAAAUAUGCUCAUGAACGUGAUAACAUGUGGGUCAAUCUCUGUGAAAGACCACUAUGGCUUCGGAUUUGUGCCAACCUAUAGGCCAAGGUUCACUGAUAUGAAGUUCAGCUCACCAAUGUUUUCCAAUCCAAUAGUUUUGGGGGAAAUUAACUGCUUGCCAGAGAGCCAAAGAGGAAUGGGCUUAAAGAUGAAAAAGAAGGAAUAUAUCAAUGGGAGCAUGAUUGAACCAAACAAGUACAAGGAAGAAACAGGGGAAGGAGUUGCUGAUCUAAAACAGUCAUCUUUAUUUGAUGAGGACAGGAGCUUCAACAUUCCUUUCAUGAAAAAGGACAAAGAAAAGGCAGUGGAUUCAGCUCAAUCGAAGUGUCUCCCUAGGACUAUCAAAAUUACAUCCAGCAAACAUUCCAGGAAUGACCAGAAUGAAACAAUGAUGUCCCCAGUUUCAGAUAAAAGGAAUUCUUCUGCUGGACCAGAUAUAUUCAAAUCUUCACCAAUCAGUUCGUCAAAUGGUGGAAGUAAAAGAAUAGUAGAUGAUUCUUCAGUCAAAGGAUUAUCCAUGAGGUUAGAAUCUUUCAGAGAAGAAAAAGAGAAGGUGAUCAAGAUCGAAGAAAGGCUUACUUCUGGAGCUCGGGUUAUAAUCCAGUCUAGAUCUCGAUGUGAUGAUAGUGAAGCUGCGCUUGAAGGGGAUGUCUGUCAGCAAUGUUUAAAGUGCCCGUGAGUGCCAUUGGUUCAUUUUUUCGACUUGUUCUAUUAGUUCUAAGUUGUUCUCUCUAGCAACCCUUGAAAGAACCUUUUAGGUUUCCUACCUGCAAAAAAAGUGCCAUUGUUUUAUUAAUAUCUUGGGGCUGUUAAGCCAUCCUGAAGUUGCAUUAUUACUUUGAAAAGAAAUGUUGUCUUCCUUGCACUAUGUAAGCUAAGUCUUCUCAGUUUUUAUGGCCUAAUAACAAGCCUGCAUGACAUUGUAUCUACAAUCUAUAGAUGAAGGAGAGCUGUGCAUAGCAAUUAGCUACUUUUGACAAGAAACCCUGUAUAUGAUAUGUCGCCUUGUGAUGUAGAACAUAUUUCCAUUUGAUUGGAACACUAUGAAGUUCUGCGUGUAAUAUUCUCGUUGGCUAUGUGAAGUUUUGUUCGGAUUGACUAUUAUAUUUCAGAACAUUCUAGAA